AUGCCAGCCUCUGUUACCGUUUUAUGCUAUAUUACAAAUUAUUAUAAAUCACCUACUAAUAAAGAUCUUACAAUCGUUGAAGCUUCGGGUAUUGUAAGAUCUCGAAGUUUAAAUACUCCCCUCAAUGUUAUCUUGAUCAGAUUUUAUCCCAAUAAUGCAAUUCAAGAAUUAAGCUUACCCGAAUUCGAGAAUGGAGAUGUAGUACUUGUAACAGGAAAUUUCCGUAUCAUUGAAAGUAUAGACGAUGAUAACAAAAAAUAUCCAAUCUUAAAAAUUGUCUUAAACGAUAUCGUUCGUUUCAAUAACAUUGAUCCUAAUAACAUACCUGCAUUUCCAAUAAUGCUCAAUAUGACUGCCGUAGCUCAAGAAGAACCGGUGAUUGAUGAAGAAGAUGUAACUAUAAAAGUAUCAUCCAGAAAUUUUAUUGAUCAAGAUUAUAUUAAUAUCGAAGUAAUGUGUUAUUAUUCUGUGUAUGCUUGGCAUUUAAUGAAUGUAAUUACUUCUGUAAAAAAACAUUUGGUAAUUUACAUUAAUGGAGAGCUUAUGAUAACCGACGAUUCUAACAUAGUUCACAUUCGAAGCAUUUCUUUUCCUAAAUAUCAAAAUUCAAUUUUAUUUGCUAGAGAUUCGAUUCAUCUUUCUUGGGAAACUAACGAUAAAGAUAAUGAAAAUAAAUCAAAUACCAUUGCUCAAACAAUUGCCACCAGAGUUAAAGGAAAUAUUCGUCUUACUGAUUUAUCAAAUAAAUUUUUAAAUCAGAAUUUAAAUACAUCUGAACAAACGACAUUCUCAGUUAAUAAUAUUGAAAAAAAAUAG